AUGGCCUCCACGGAAUCUGGUCCCGAACAGCGCGAAGGCGGCGGCGGAGGCAAACCCAUGCUCGCCCGCCACCGCGCCCGCGAAGACCCCGAAGUCUCCACCCAACCGCCCAAAUCCUCCUACUUCCCGCUCGGCUACAAGGACGGCUGGAACCAAUGGUGGUCCGGCCUCUCGCCCGCGCAGACCGAACACCGCGUGUUGUCUUUCAUCCCGUACCUCCAAAAACCGCCCACGCACACGCAGACUGGUUCUGCGCCGGCGAGCACGAAUAAUAGCACCAUGAGCGUGGACCAGAGCGAGUUGAAGCAGGCGGAGCCGGUGAGGACGAAUAGUAUCAGCGAUCCGUAUGGUCCAAGGCAAUGGCGGAGUAAAUUGGUGCAGCUGGCGGGGAAGAAUCGAUUUCUGAACGAGUUCAGUGUUGAGAGGUUGGGAGAGGAGACGGAGAAUAAUCUCGUAAUGCUACACGGCUAUGGGGCGGGGCUUGGGUUCUUUUACAAGAAUUUCGAGUCCCUUUCGAGAAUGCCGAAUUGGAAAUUAUACGCGCUGGAUUUGCUGGGGAUGGGGAGGUCUUCGCGGCCGCCUUUCCGGAUAGGUGCGAAGGACAAGGAGGCCAAGGUGCGGGAGGCAGAGAAUUGGUUCGUGGAUGCGCUGGAGGAGUGGAGGGUAGAGCGCGGGAUUGAGAAGAUGACCUUGCUUGGACACAGCUUAGGAGGCUACAUGGCCGUGUGCUACGCGCUGAAGUACCCCGGCCAUUUGAACAAACUCAUCCUCGCCUCCCCCGUCGGCAUCCCCGAGGACCCAUACGCAGUCAACGAAGAAAUGCCCGAACCAGGCGACAGUACCAUGCAAUCCGAAUUCACGCAACCGCAGGACGAAACCGCCGGCAAAGCACCUCCCAGCUCCGCAAAGCCCCCGCGACGCCAAAUGCCCAAAUGGCUCACCACGCUCUGGGACGCGAACAUCUCGCCCUUCUCCAUCGUGCGAUUAUCCGGACCUUUAGGACCGCGAUUGGUAUCUGGCUGGACUUCCCGCCGCUUCUCGCACCUCCCGCCUGAAGAGGCGCAGGCGCUGCAUGAUUAUUCUUACUCACUGUUCCGGCAGCGGGGGAGUGGCGAGUAUGCGCUCGCCUACAUUCUCGCGCCUGGAGCGUUUGCGCGGAGUCCGUUGAUUAGAAGGAUUCAGGGGGUGGGGAGGCAGUACCUUGGUCUGCAUGGGAGUCCUGAGGUGGACGUUGCUUCCACAGAACAUAAGCCAAGGGAGACGGGUAUACCGAUCGUCUUCCUCUAUGGGGAUAAAGAUUGGAUGGACAAGCAAGGCGGUUGGGACAGCGAGGCGAAGAUUGCUGCUGAGCGCAAGAAGGCGCUUUCGUCCGCCACUGCAGAGGAGAAGGAGAGGGAGGAUGGGAGCGCAAAGACGGUUGUGAUAAAGAAUGCGGGACAUCAUGUGUAUCUCGAUGGCGCGGAUGACUUCAACAGGGUCAUGGGGGAGGAGAUGAGGGAUGUUCAGAAGAGGAAGAAGAGGUUAGCUGCGCUGGGGAUGUAG